AUGGGCUCCGUGUAUCGAGACAGGUUCGACGACUCUCGAACAUCAGUCUCUUCAACCCGACGUGAUGGCGGAUACACAACGGUGAAGCGCUACGUGGUCAAAGAAGAUGACAGCCGCUCCUCUGUAAGCCGGGACCGGCGGUUUGUCCCCGAGCGUGCAGGCGAAAGGGUGGAGGAGACCCGGAUCGUCCGUCGUGAGGUCGAUGAACCGGUGCGCCGAGAAGAACCCCGCUACACCGAACGUGAAUUGGUUAUCAAGCGAGAACGAGACGAUGAACCUCGAAGAGACUAUGUCUACGAUACCAGACGAGAAGAGCCUGCAGCAGAGAGAGAACUCGUUAUCAGACGCACCACUGAGCGCGAGGAACCCCGUCGAGAUGAUUUUGAAGUCACCCGAUACGACGACCGCAAGGUCGUCGAUACCCGGUUCCGAGACGACUACGAAGUGCUUUCGCCUCGUAGCUAUGACGAUCGUGAUGUUCAACGAUACACCCGCACUACCGACUACUUUGCUCCUCCUCCACCACCUCCGCAGACCAUCAUUAUUCGUCAGGAACCCAUCAUAAUUCGAGAGAGAGUCCGGGACGACGAUUAUCAAAUUGUUCGCAAAUCGGACAUUGAUGAAGAGCGCAGCGUCGUCCGAAGAGACCCGCCGCCUCGCUCGCCUCGUGGAGAAGAGGACUUUUUCUACGAGAAGAAGGUCAGAGAGCGGAUUGACCGAGAUGAUGAUGACUAUUAUGAGCGCCGAAGCCGACGUCGGUCCGUGAGCCCUCAUGAUUCUGUGUCCCAAAGAGGCCGUGAUUACAGCAGCGACGACAGUAUGGUCUACGUGCGCAAAGAGGUCCGCGAGGAAAGCCCCAGCCCUGAGCGUAAACGGGGCCUUGCUGCCGGCGUCCUUGCCGGGGUCGGUGCCGCUGAGCUUCUACGGAACCACAACAAGAAGGAAGGUCGCGACAUAUCCCAUGGCGUCGGCCGUGUUGGGCGUGAUAUUGGAGCUGGUGCUCUAGGGGCUCUUGCCGCUGAAGGUAUCCACCGCGCAAGGUCUAUGCACCGCAGUCGAAGCCGGCACCACUCCCGAUCGGGUUCUCGGUCGCCAAGACGUUCUCGACAUCGCAGCAGGUCUCGUUCCUCGUCUCCGUCGAAGCUGAAGACCCUUGGAGCGGUGGGUCUCGGAGCUGCCGCACUUGCAGCUGCCGCCACUAUCGCUUCCAAGCGCAUGAACAAGUCGAACGACGACGGCGAUCGUGGCCGUUCUCGCAGUCGCUCUCGCUCUCGCUCUCGACGCCGGAGAGAGUCUGUCUCCAGUCUUGAAGAUGAUCCAAAUGCUCCUUCAGAUGAUGCGCGCAAUCCCAAGCAUCGCAGAAACACAAUUGCAAAGGCUGGCGCUGGUGGCGCUAUCGUUGCGGCAUUGAUUGAGCAUGCUCGAAGCAAGUCAAGAGCCAGGGAUGGUAAGGAACGAUCGCGAAGCCGCGUUAGACAGGCGCUACCUGUCGUCGCUGCUGGAUUGGGCAGUGCCGCCGUCGCUGGGCUGUAUGAGAAACACAAAGCAAAGAAGGAAGCCGAAGAGAUCGUGGACGAGCGGCGUCGUGCUCGCUCUAGGUCCAGAAGCAGGGCCAGGUCCGAGCAUGCGUACUACGACGGGCCGAACCAGGGCGCGAUCAAUGACCCUGGGUUAAUCGAGUAUGGAAAUGCACCUAUGUACGGCAACAAUUACGGCCCAGAUUACUACGGAAGACCGCCGCCGCAGGAUGGAUACUACUCGAAUGCUGUUGUGCCAGCUGCCGCAGGCGCAGCAGCGAGUUAUGGGGCACAACGCGGGAAUAGAAGUAGAAGCCGGAGUUUGAGUCGUGAACGAGGUGGCCGAAGAUCGUCCCACAGUUGCAGUUCCUCUCCAGGCCGAAGCAGGCGCAGGCAUUCGCGAGAUGCUGCAAAGAUGACUGCAGCUGCAGCCGCGGGAGCAAUCGGUGCCGCCGAGUAUGAAAAGCGGAAGCAGGAGAAACGUGAACGUCGAGCACGAAGGCGUCGCGAAGAGGAAGGAUAUGGUCGUGAUCCUUACGAGGACAACUAUAAUCCGGGGGCACAAUAUGCUCCUACACCCCCGCCGCCUCCUCCAGUCAAUGAUCCGUAUGCGAAUCAACAAGGCUUCUACCCUCAGACGAGUCAGUUCCCGCCUCCACCAGGAGCUGCACCUCAACAAUACCCCCCGCAAGCUGGACCUGGUACAGCUCCAGCCGGUGGCGCGCAGUAUCCUCCACAGAACUAUCCGCCUCCACCACCACCACCACCUCCUCCUGGUGCUCCGCCGGCCCCUGCUCAACCAUAUGAUGCGUAUGCUUCUGGUGCGAACCCUUACGCACCACGUGGCCCUGAAAAUGUGAGUGCUGAGCCGAGUUCUACAUUUGGCAAUCCUUUUGCACCUACUGUUCCCAGCAAUGACCAGCACCAUGUCCCAGAUGGUACGUCAUAG